AUGCCCGAAUUGGUAUUGAAACACGAUAGGAUGCGAUUGCCACUCCGGCUCACGUCCUUUUACGAGCUUUAUAAAAGGUUCCUGAAAGAGCACGGAUGCAAGUGGCACGAUGUUUCUAAACUUCUCAAUGUGGUCGCGGAGAUCCUUUUUGAUGUGGACGAUGCAUGUACUAAAUCUACUGGCAAGUUCGCAACCAUUACUUGGCACCGACGGCCGUACUCAGCUGCGCUAGUGAUCUUUCUCAAAUCCUAUCGCGCUUACUGCUUAAUCCCCGAGCAGAGUAUAGCUAGUGCUAUGUUCGAAUUCACCCUCCAAGUUUAA